UUUUUUUUUUUUUUUUUUUUUUUGCGCACAGCUCUCUCUAUCUUCCUCAACAAGGUAUGCAACGGGUUAAGGAGCGGGGCUUCAGAGUCCUCUUCUCUUGUUCGCCACGAUGAACAAAUGAACUCUUGGGGAAUGAAAUUUAAAUUCCAUAAAGGAGAAAAAGUUCUCUGUUUUGAACCUGACCCAUCCAAGGCCAAGGUGCUCUACGAUGCAAAGGUUGUUGACAUAGCAACAGUAAAAGAUGACAAGGGAAGAAGGGUCCCAAAUUAUCUGAUUCAUUUCAGUGGUUGGAACAGAAGUUGGGAUCGCUGGGCUGCAGAAGAUCAUGUGCUCAGAGAUUCUGAAAAUAAUCGCAUAUUACAACGUAAACUGGCACGCAAAGCUUUGGCUCGCAUGAGGAAAAAGGGAUGGAAGAAGCGACGCUGUCGUCUGCCAGGUGUUAACCCAAUCUUGAAGACCCUGACUGAAGAGGAAAAGGAGAAGAGUGAUGAUGCUUCUUUGAUGUCACCAUCUGAUGAUAGUGACGAAGACAUUUCAGACCAGGCGUCUUUAAAAAGUGAGAGUGACUCAUCUGAGGAUUUAAACAACAUGAUCGUUGUUCCUCCUGUGGACAUCAGCAAGCGACGUCAAAGGUUCAGAAAGAUCAGACACACACCUGGCAUGCAGGGUUGGAGGUUGUGGUGGUUUCCCUGGCCGCUGGUAUUGCUGGUAGCAGGGUUCAGGCCUCUGAGCAUGCUUAGCAGGUGUCGAGGUAGCAGGUGCCUUGACAGUGUCACCUGUCGUCCUGAUAGGGAAGAACAAGAGCCGCAGACCAAAAGGGAGAGUGAAGAUAAGAGCAUCACUAUAAACAUUGACAUCCCUGAUGUUCUCAAGAAGAAGCUGGAGGAUGACUGUUACUAUAUCAACAAAAGAAAGAAGCUGGUGAAGCUUCCAUGCCUGAUGAAUAUAGUAAACAUUCUGGAGUCCUAUGUGAAACACUUCACCCUAAAUGCAGCUUUCUCAGCUAAUGAGCGCUACCGGUAUCCUCAGAGCUCCACGCAGACCAAUAUGAUUCCGCACUAUAUGCCACCUGAGAGGAACCUCCAUGUACUCUGGCAAAGGGGAAUCCCAGCCCUCACUUUGUUUGGUAAGUUUCCUCAACAGCAACCUUCCUUGUGUUGUGAGAGGCGCAAGGAAUCCAAGAGGGUCAUUCAAGGCAUUCACGGUAGAUAGGACUCCUCUCUGAGUAAAAGGCUUGUAAUCGUCUGAAACAUGAAAGAGUUGGACAACAUUCCAGGACACACCAAGACUACAUAGGGUGGGAAGGCAAUUAGAAAGUUGCAGAUCUUUAAUGCCCUCAGCAUGGUCUUUCAAAGGAAAAGCUUCAAUCACAUUUAGACAGAGAUAAUGUUGUGGAUUUAAGGUUAGACACUGCAAGCAUCUCUUGUGUACAUUUGAGAAAGUUGAUCGUUCUGCCUCUGUAGCACAUGAUAUCAGCAUGUUAACAACAUAGAACUCCUUCUCCACCAACUUUCUGGUGUCACUGCCCAGACUCUCUUUUUAUUCUUUGGCUACUUUCCAAAACAUGAACUUGCAUUCUGUGAUCCACAUUUUCGCUGUCAAAGUUAUUGUUUCUGUAUCACAGGAACCUUAGAUAAUCCCUAUGGUCCUUCCUAAACAGAAAACAAUGGAACAUGUGCUGUAUAUCAGCAGUAAAGCCACAUUCUUUACAGAAUCUCAUCAGGACACCUAGCAGGCUGUUAUUCAAGUCAGGGCCUGUGAGAAGUACAUUAAGUGAAACUCCCUCAAAUUUUGUCAGGUUUCUUAGGAUGAUACACCUCAAACAGCGGCAAGUACCACACUUCCUGACCUUGCUGAAAAUGUAGUGCAAUCUCUGUUCAGAUCACUUGUUCAGAGUGACGCAGUGUGAAAUACAUAGUCUUUGUUGUUGGGUAGGUGUUGUCUGGGCUCACAAAAAGGUAGCACCGCAACCCAACUGUUGCAGCUGUCCUGAAAAAAACUUUUUGUCCAUGAUCUGGAGAAACCUAGGGCCGGUUUUCAGCUGGACGUACACCCGGUCAUAAGACUAAGCUUAACAUAAAAUGCGUUUUAAGUUCUGCGUAGAACUAAUACCUGUUGGACCAUCUGGGCAUAGCGCAUGUCUGAGACUAAUUCUUACGCCUAGUCAAAGGUAGGUGUAAAGUGAGAAGUCUUGAUUUGUUUCCAUGGUGAAAAAAUAGAUAAAUAAAAACGUUGAGACGAUGGAGUGUCUGGUAUACAGGCUGCACGAUCAGCGGGUUUACUGGCGUGAAAGAGUAAUGAGAGACCGCACCAAUCCUCUAGAUAUAUAUGGAGACAGAACUUAUUGAAAGUUUUCGUUUAAGCAGGGUUGAAUUGUUAGAAUUAAUAACUGAGUUUUCACUGCAGUUAAAACAUGGCCGUGGACUAGGCUACUGACAUUUCAUUGAUGUAAUUGUUUUAUUUACACUGCACGUUGAGGAGUAGUUUUAAAAAAAAGCUUGCGAGCAGCAGCACUUGCAUAGAUCCUCCACGUCAAUCUAGCAUUAAAGAUAAAGACGAAGCGAAAAUAUACAAAAAGCAUAAGUGUUAUUUAUUUUUGUUAGGUUUUUAGCUCUCAUUUGUAAUACAAUAUUUAUACAGUAAAGAUGCAGAUGUUUUCUCUAGCGGACAUUGUUUGUUACCAUGGCAAUCGCUUGAGCUUGCACACUUCACAUGCUUCUUGUUCGCUUAAAAUGCCCUUAAAUCUAGCACAGUUAUAAACUCAUUACAGUAGAGGCAGUUUGCCGUAGAUGAGGCGAAUCUGAUAUAUCUAAAAUGCUGCAAGUCAAGAGCACUAUGAUUUAAUUAUUUUCAAUUAUUAAUUUCAUAGUACCUGGCUACUGAUUAGCACAUAGCCCAUCUUGUUUCUAUUUAUUUAUUGACUUAGUCGUUAUUACUUUAUUUAAUUCCGUGCCUGGUGGUGUACACAAAUAAUUUGGGAAUUCAACAUUCGAUAAUGAACCGAAAUAAAUUGUAUAGUGCUCUUGACUUGCAGCACUAUACAGGUCCUUCUCAAAAAAUUAGCAUAUUGUGAUAAACGUUCAUUAUUUUCAAUAAUGUAAUGAUAAAAAU